GCAGUUCAGAGUCCUAUCCUCCCUCCUUCUAGGUUUCACGUACAAGAGCCGAUCUUGGGGGCACCUGUCUUGGGAUGUUUCUUCCUAUGUCUACAUAGACUCCCCAGUCAUCCUCGCGUAUAUAUCUCACAAUUUCUAACCUUGAAACAAGUUUCAUAAGCUUACCACAGCUUGAUGCUAUCGCAACUCGAAUUAUUAUAGAACCACCAGAUAUUCCAACAACAUGUCUUCUUCUGCAGACAUCCAUGCCAACGGAAAUGGAAAUGUCUACCACGAGCAUAUUCUUCGGCCAAGGGCUGUCAAGCCAAACAACCCAGCCGUCUUGCGAACCAUGACCGAAGAGGGUCUCUUGGCUGGUGAGAGUAUGCAAAAUGGAAGCGUAUCAGGUCAAACUAGUGGUCGAUCGACACCGGUUCCUGCAGACGCUCCUCCUUCGGUCCAAUCAAUCUCCUCCGCUCGAAAGCAGCUCCGAGCUGAGCAACGCCGCAGACUAUUCCCCACGAUCGAAUAUGCCUCCAGAGUGUCCCAUUUCGAUCCCAAUAGCGAUUACCGGGAUUUCCAGGGAUUUUACAUCCUGUUCUGGAUAGCUCUUACCAUCAUGGCCAUAACCACAAUGUUAAGGAAUAUAAAAGACACGGGAUAUCCUAUGAGAGUGCAGAUUUGGCAGCUAUUUACGGUCAAAGUCUGGGAAUUGGCUCUAGCAGACGGGUUGAUGGUUCUCAAUACUGCUGUUAGUCUGCCUCUUCACAGACUUAUCAGAAGUCAGAUUGGGGCUAAGCUAGGUUUGAGGUGGCAAGGAGGUGGAAUGGCUGUGCAGAGUAUAUUUCAGUUAGUAUGGUUUGCAUUUUGGGUUGCGCUACCUUUUAACCGUGAGUGGACAUGGACAGCCCAAGUAUUUUUAACAUUGCACACUUUGGUGCUGCUAAUGAAAAUGCACUCCUACGCCUUUUACAAUGGCCAUCUGAGCGAAACCGAACGAAGAUUGAAAGCAUUAGACGAACCCUCUACAGCUUCUAAGGCGCCUGCGUAUCAAUAUCCAAGUGCUGGACAUACGCCGACAUCUGAGGAGAGAGAGAAGAAGGAUGCAGAUGAGUUAUCACGACUUCGAGAGGAUUUGGCCAUUGAACUUACAUCACCAAUGGGAUCAGUCACAUAUCCUAAGAACCUCACAUUGGCAAAUUAUACCGAUUACAUAUUCUGUCCAACACUUUGCUACGAGCUAGAAUACCCUCGCACGCCAGGAAUUGUAUGGACGGAAUUGGGAUACAAGAUUCUUGCUGUUUUUGGCGUUAUAUUCCUCCUAACCAUCACAUCCGAAGAAUUCAUUCUCCCUGUGAUGAUCGAAUCCGCUUAUCGACUCGAGACAGUUACCUCCUUCUCAGAAACUGCCCUCAUCCUAGCAGAAUCAAUCUCUAUGCUUCUGUUCCCGUUCAUGAUCACCUUCCUCCUUGUCUUCCUCGUAAUCUUCGAAUACGUCCUUGGAGCAUUUGCCGAAAUAACCUGUUUCGCCGACAGACACUUCUACUCGGACUGGUGGAAUAGCACCGAUUGGCUUGAGUUCUCCCGCGAGUGGAACAUCCCUGUCCACCACUUCUUCCGACGCCACGUCUAUAGCGCAUCUCGACCCCAUAUUGGACGUCCCAUGGCGACACUUAUCACCUUCCUCAUCAGUGCCAUCGGACACGAAAUCGUCAUGGCAUGUAUCACGAAGAAGAUUAGAGGCUAUGGAUUCCUGGCACAGAUGAGCCAGCUCCCGAUUGUCAUGUUGCAGCGAACGAAGUGGAUUAAGGGAAAGCGGGUGCUAAACAAUGUAUGUUUCUGGUGCUCGAUGAUCUUAGGUUUGAGCAUGAUGUGCUCUUUGUAUGUACUUUGUUGAGCAGGUGUUAGAGAUGCCUGGAAGAUACCCUGGAUAUGGUCUAGAUUUGCGGCUUUUCUCGAUGUAUCGGCUUCAGUGAGACGUUGCCAUAUGCCUCCAACGAGUCUUCAUCCAGACAACCGUAAUGCUCGAUUCUAUUUUCGCCUACACAUUUGAAAAACCAAGUGGGUCAAUAUAUCGUUGGUGU